AUGCCUCCCAAGAAGGCUCAAGUCCAAGAGAAGGUCCUUCUGGGCCGUCCUGGCAACAACUUGAAGAGUGGUAUCGUUGGUCUUGCCAAUGUCGGCAAGUCGACACUCUUCCAGUCCAUCACCAAGUCCUCCCUGGGUAACCCGGCCAACUUCCCGUAUGCCACCAUUGACCCCGAAGAGGCCCGCGUCAUCGUCCCCGAUGAGCGGUUCGACUGGCUCUGCGAGCAUUACAAGCCCAAGUCGCAGGUGCCGGCCAACUUGACCGUGUAUGAUAUCGCCGGUCUGACCCGUGGUGCUUCCACUGGUGCCGGUCUGGGCAACUCUUUCUUGUCGCACAUCCGCGCUGUCGAUGCCAUCUUCCAGGUCGUGCGCUGCUUCGACGAUGCCGAGAUUAUCCACGUUGAGGGUGAUGUUGACCCCUGCCGGGAUCUGACCAUCAUCAACGAGGAGCUCCGUAUCAAGGAUAUCGAGUUCGUCGAGAAGGCCCUCGAGAGUCUGUCGAAGCAGACGCGACGUGGUGGCCAGUCGCUGGAGAUGAAGAAGAUGAAGGAAGAGGAGGCCACUACCGCCAAAAUUCUGGAGUGGCUGAAGGAGGGUAACGACAUCCGCAAGGGCAACUGGGGCCCCAAGGAGGUCGAGGUCAUUAACCCUCUGUUCCUCCUGACGGCCAAGCCCAUUGUGUACCUGGUCAACCUGAGUGAGAGGGACUACAUCCGCCAGAAGAACAAGUACCUUCCCAAGCUGUUCGAAUGGAUCAAGACCAACUCGCCCGGUGACCCUAUACUCCCCAUCUCGGCCCAGUUCGAGGAGCGUCUGGCCCUGAUGGGCGACGAGGCCGCCGCCGCCGAGGAGUGCAAGAACCUGAACACCAAGUCUGGUCUGCCCAAGGUGAUCACCACCAUGCGCCAGGCCCUGAACUUGGCCAGUUUCUUCACUACCGGCGCGGACGAGGUCCGCCAAUGGACCAUCCGCAAGGGCAUCAAGGCGCCCGCUGCUUCCGGUGUCAUCCACACGGACUUUGAAAAGACCUUUAUCCAGGUCAUUGUGUACAACUACAAUGUUCUGCGCGAGUACGGCGAUGAAGGUGCUGUCAAGUCGGCCGGCAAGGUCAUGACCAAGGGCAAGGACUACGUCGUCGAGGAUGGAGACAUCCUGCUCAUUAAGGCGGGUGCCGCCAAGGGCUAA